AUGACGAAAGUACCGAAGGAAUCAUUUCAGUAUAAUGAUGGUUCGUUGAAUGAAAAAUUUUUAAAGAUAAGUCCAAACUUGUUUACUCCUGAACGGUUGCAUUUGUUUGAUUCGAUGGACUUGUAUUUGCAACUAAUCAAAUGUAAUAAGAAUAAUGAUAGAUCGUAUAUUGAACAAGGUGAAAGGUUGAAAAAUAUCAGUUGGAGAAUUCUGAAUAAAUCUUUAUUAAAGGAUAAAGAUAUAAAUAGAUCAAAGAAAAGAGAAGGUGUCAAAAAUUUGUAUUAUAUUAUUAACCCUGUUAAUAAUCAAAAGCAGUUACAAUCUCAACAACCUCAAUCGCAGUUGCAGUCGAAAUUGAAAUCAACUAAUACCACUACUACUGAUAAUAAUUAUAAUAAUGGUAGCCAUCUAGAUAUACGGCCUAAUAAUAACAACGAAGUCACCCAAACCACUUCAAAUAUUGAUAAAAUACCGUUAAAACAACAGAAUAAAAAAUUAUUCCAAUCAACCCCUGCAUUAAGCCCAAACGUUAUUGAAAGAUAUAAAUUGCAUAAUAAUAACUCUAACACUAAUAGUAACAUUAAUAAUAACCUUAAUAAUGAUAACAAUAACAAUAACAAUAACCCCGUGGUAAAGAAAAGGGAAGAUCCAGAGAAUGUUGUUAAUGGUUUCGAUACAAAUAUAUUGAUUACAAGAAAAAAGUCGAAUCCUUAUCCAGCUUCAAAUGACAAUACGUUGUUUAACAUCCAAACUACUGAUAGAAAAAUUUCACAUACAAAACAAGAGGUUACAAAAAAUUCUAGUGAAGAUAAUAAUAUAGAUGACACUGGUGAAGAUAACGAUGAUGGUAAACCAAUCACUAGGGUUAAUUCUUUAUUUGGUGAUGUUAGCACGAAAAAUAAAAUGCAUGAGGAUAGCUCAUCUAAUUUAAAAUCUGGAGAAAGGAGUUCGAAACUAUUCUUUAGUGAGGAUGAUGAAUCAGACUGGAACACUUUAUCUGACGAUGAUGAUGAUGACUAUGAUGACGAUGAUGAUUAUGAUGAUGAAGAUGAUUUCGAUGAUGAAGAAGAAGAAAAAUACUACAGAAAGCAGUGGGAUAAAUUAUUAUUUGCAAAAACAAAUAAUACUGCUAAGAGUUCGACUGGUUCAUCCCCACAAAAUAUAAGUUCGAUAAAUUCUUCACCACAUGAAGUGAAACGAAGCUUAUUGAGUGGAUUGUUUUUGAACAAUCUGCAGAAUACCUCUAAUUCUAAUAGUUACAUUGACAAUAAAAAAAAUAUCAAUCAUAACAACAACAACAAUAAUAAUAAUAAUAAUAAUAAUAAUGGUUGUCAAAGUAAGUUCGUAUCGGUGUCAAAUGGAAACAGCAAUUCGUCCCAUAUCAUAAAUCCACUAAGUAGUAAUAACAGCCAUAGUUCUAGGUCAGAAAUUGCUAAUACACCAAUGAGUGUGAAUAAACCAAUAACAGGUACUUCGAACGUCAAUGUAGUUGGAUCAGUAUCUCCACCAUGUCCAAUGAAUACCACUUUCAAUCCAUUCAUGCAUAGAAAUGGUAAAUCAAGACAAGGAAGCUUUAGUAGUAUAGCUUCAGAAACUACGAGAGAAAGGUACGCAAGUGAGUCCAAUGCUCCACCUUCAGCACAUACUAUUCUUCCAACUGCAUUAUCCACACAUAUGUUCUUACCCAAUAAUAUUCGUCAAAAAAGGUUAGCAGCAUCAGGAUUGGAUCCAAGCAGGGGAUUAGGAGUACGUCGUGAAUCUAUGGAUAUACCGUCAAGAAAUAAGAAUAAUGGAUACAUUAAAACAAGAAUGGAGAUCACAGAAGAAGAAUCUCUGGCUCAUGCAUACUCUAGAGGAAGACAGAGUAAAAACUAA